AUGAGCAACAUCAACUUCCUGCCUACCAUCGAAGACGCCUACGGCGCGCUCUCCGCCGAGCAGCUCGACAUCCUGCGCCAGCAGGUGCUCUCCGAGGGCGGCGACAUCGCAUCGAUCCAGUCGCGCUUCAACUACGCCUGGGGCCUUGUCAAGUCGCACGACGCCGAGGACCAGCGCCUGGGCGUCAAGCUGCUCACCGACAUAUACAAGGAGUCCCCGAUGCGCCGCCGCGAGUCUCUGUACUACCUGGCGAUCGGGUGCUACAAGUUGGGCGAGUACGCGAUGGCCAAGCGCUACGCGGAUGCGCUGGUAGCGCACGAGCCUGACAACGCGCAGGCGCGCACGCUGAAGGCGAUGGUCGAGCAGAAGAUCCAGACCGAGGGCCUCAAGGGCGCGGCGCUGGUGGGCGCGGGGCUGGCGGCGGUCGCAGCGGCGGCCGGGUUUCUGCUGCGGCAACGGCGGCCUUAG